AUGGGGGAGCCAAAACAUGACGUGAGCAUUGGCAAAGCAUUUUCCAAGUUACGCAACGCCAUGUCCAAAAGCUGGGAAGACCUGAAGAGCACAGGUGUGCUUCCUGACAUCAUUUCGCCUCGACUUGAGAGCUCCCCCUUAGUGGAGGCAGCGUUCAAGGGAGACCUCGAUCGCGUUUUACAGCUCCUAUGCGAGGGUGCAAGCUUGACGAAGUCAGCCAAUGUGCCGGGCUACGGUGAGACAUCAGCCCUUGGGGCUGCGAUCUGCGGAGACCACCUCACCGUUUCCAGGCUGCUGAUCGACAACAUGUCUCAAGCGCAGCUGGACGCCCGCUAUGGGCCCCAGAAAUUUUCGGCUCUGCUCCUGGCGGCUUGGCUGGGCCGGGAUGAGAUUUUCGAGGCGCUGCUGUCAAAGGGUUGUGACCUGCGGACAACAGAUGCUGGUGGAAACACGCCACUGGCACUGGCUGUGCAGCACCACCACCUAACCUUGGUGUGGAUCAUAUGUGAAAAGGCAAAGACGGCUGGGCUGGCAGGGUACCUGGAUGAGUACAAUGGCAAAGGGCAAACUGCACUGCAGGUGGCCUGCGAGUCAGGGGAGAUGGCGAUCGUGUCCUGCUUGUUGAAGCAGGGGGCCGACCCCGACAAGCCUACAAAGGGAUGGGGCAAGGGUGGCCAGACGCCGCUGUGGGUGGCGGUGAUGGCUGGCCAUGCAAGCAUUGUGCAGACAUUGCUAACCUCGGGCACACGGGUGAACAUCAACAUGGAGACCCGCCGGGGCCUGACCCUGUUGCAUCUGGCUGUGCUGAUGGACCAUCCGCAAAUCGUUCGCCUACUGAUGGAGCACGGGGCGGACAUUGAGACAGGGCAUAUGCAGCAGGAGGAGCCCUCUUCGCCAGUCAUGGAGGACUUCCCCUCUCCACUUCUGCUGGCGUGUGCUUAUGGGAGGCCGGAGUGCUUGCGGGCUCUGCUGGCCGGCCCCCCGCCCGACGUCUCCCGCCUCCUGGACAAGCCCGGGCGCGUGGACGUCACCGCCGUCGUGGUCGAGCGCCUGGUGGGCCGCGUGCCCGAAACGCCGGAGUCCCCGAUCGCCUGGGCCGUCCAGCACCCCUGCCGCCUCUUCCGCAAGUCCGUGCGCGUGAUGGGCAUCGGCGGCGACGUCCAGUUCACCAGCGGCGCCGACGGCAUGGAUCACGCCCACGUGGACUGCGCCGCUCAGCUGCUGGCCGCGGGAGCCGCGAUCAGUGGCGAUCAGCUGGCGGCGUUGAGGGCGGGAUUCGACGCGCUGAGGCAGAGGGGGGAGGGGGAGGGACUGGCGGGGCUGGAGGAGAUGCUGAGGAGCGGGCUGAGGCAGUGCGCGGGAUGCAGGGCCUGGGGCGCGUGGCAGGGGGAUGGCGGGGAGGGGGUGUACUGCUCGUGGCGGUGCCGGGCGGUGCGGGAGGCCAUGGCCACCUUUCCGGUGGGGCAGUGA